GGCCCAUGCAACCACUGCCUCACCUCCUCUUUCCCCUCUUCCUGAUCCAAACCGUAGCCCUCCCCAGUCCCCACUCUCGCCGCCCCUCGCUGGCGCCGCCGUCGUGCCGCCGCCGGUCGUCCACGCGCACCCAGAUCCCAGCCGGCAGGCUGUCGCUGAAUAUCCCCGCAGCUAACCCUGCUUGGUGAAUCCGGCGAGCAACCAGAGAUCGUGUAAGCGCGGAGGAUCGGGAUGGAGAUUAUUGUCAUUCUCUCGCUUGUCGUUCUUCUGGUUCUUGGAGCUCUAUUUGUACUACCGAAAUCCCGUAACAAAGGUAAAGCGAAGGAAGCCAGUUCAAAUGCCAAAUCAGUGACAUUUAGGAGCUAUACAAAAGAAGAGAUCUCAGCACACAACACAAGGACGGAUUGCUGGGUCAUCAUCAAGGAUAAGGUUUACGAUGUCACCUCUUAUGUGGAGGAACAUCCAGGGGGAGAUGCCAUCCUAAACAAUGCUGGUGGUGAUUCGACAGAAGGAUUUUUUGGCCCUCAACAUGGCUUCAGAGUCUUUGAGAUCAUUGAAGAUUUCUGCAUCGGCGAGUUGAAGCACUCAUGAUUGGAGGGAUUUUGUAUUGCAUCCACGAUUCUCUCAUUGAAAUCGAAUUUCGAGAGUGUAGAUUAUUCAAGUUCAAGUCUUGCAAUCCCAGGCGUUGGGACGCAGAUGACAGGGCAAAAACAUUUUUAGCGAUUAUGAUCUAAAAGCUGCCCUAAGCUUCCGGAUGUAAUUUCGUUUUUUUUUUCAGCUGGCAAUUUGUAGACAUCAUUCUGAUCAGGAGCUGUCCUAUGAAUGUAUUUCGGAACAUGUUCUUCCUCGUCGUUGAUUCCAAAUUCCGAGACACUCCCUUUUGUUUGGAUGAUGAUGAUUUCUGAAAGCAUAAACACCAGAGUUAGGUGAUCUCACUGUACUGGCAUAUGUUUGAACUAUGAUUUGGUCCAA